GCACUGUGCCAACCAAUGAGCGACGCCCGCUGGGAGAUUUACCUAGGGCGUGCCCUUUCAGGGAACCCCAUAAAAGGACUGUGGGGCUCGGGGCCGCAUAUUUCUGGUCCUGCACAGAACGAGAAAGAAGUCAACAUGGUGCUCUCUGGGGCUGAUAAGUCUCACGUGAAGGCUACCUGGGGUAAGAUAGGAGGCCACGUCGGUGAAUACGCCGCCGAGGCCCUGCACAGGACCUUCUCCUCUUUCCCCACCACCAAGACCUACUUCCCCCACUUCGACAUGUCCCACGACUCCGCCCAAAUCAAGGCUCAUGGCCAGAAAAUAGGCGAUGCCCUGACCCAGGCUGUGGACCACCUGGAUGAUCUGCCCGGGACCCUGUCCAAACUGAGUGACCUGCACGCCCACAAGCUGAGGGUGGAUCCUGUCAACUUCAAGUUCCUGAGUCACUGCGUGCUCGUGACUUUGGCCGCUCACCUCGGCAAGGAAUUCACUCCCGAGGUGCAUGCCUCCUUGGAUAAGUUCCUGGCCUCUGUGUCUACCGUGCUGACCUCGAAGUACCGUUAAGUCUAUGUCGGAGGACAGGGAUACUCUCCUUCCCCAACCUCCCUGCUGCCACCACCAUCCAGGCUGCGGGUCCCUCAGGUCCCCAACCCCUCCCACACCGCAUGAGCAGGUGGAAGUCUUCGAAUAAAGUCUGAAUCUGCCACAA